UUCGGUCGGCGCUUUGUUGCUGUGGAUUUGAACACGAAAUAAAAAGCUAUUACGUGAUAUUUAAAUUAGCUGUACUGUUAUCUUACGGUAAAUAAUGGCAGGUGAAGUUAUUGUUGAUGCAUUGCCUUAUAUUGAUCAAGGAUACGAUGAGCCUGGAGUUCGCGAUGCUGUGUUUGCUAUGGUGGAAGAGGAAACUCGACGUUAUCGUCCGACAAAAAACUAUUUGGAACAUUUGCCUCCCUUAAAUUUACAUGCUUUUGAAACUGAAGUAAUUAAAACAGAAUUUGAAAGACUUCAAGCUAGAUUACCUAUGGAAGUACUAAGUAUGAAAAGGUAUGAAUUACCGCAACCACAGGCAGGGAAAAUGUCUGACUUAUCUGCAUGGACAGAAUGUGUUGAAAACUCAAUGGCCCAAUUAGAACAUCAAGCCACGAGAAUAUGUAAUUUAGAACUUAUGAGUAUAUAUGGUUGUGAAACGUGGAAAAGUUGCAACUCUGUUUUAGUAUCCAUGAUUAACCAGUCUCAAAAAACUUUGCAAGAUUUAAGGAAAAAAAUCCUUGAAGUUAACUGGCAAAGAAAAAGUUCUCAAAAUACAGCUGGUGAAAAGUUGAGAGAAUUAGAAUCUAGCUGGGUAGGACUUGUAAGUAAAAACUAUGAAAUUGAAAGAGCUUGUGCUGAAUUGGAAAAGGAAAUUAGUGUUUUGGAACAGAAGUGUGCCAAGAAAAGACCUUGACUUAGGAUAUGACUCUGCUAAAUUGAUGAAACUAUGUCUCCAUUCACAUACAUUUAAAACAUAUAUUCAUUGCUGUUAUUUUCCAAAUAAAAUAAUUUUCUUUAUUUUGCUUGCUUUGUAUUCAGGAUUUACUUUUAGUUUCUCUCAUUUAGGCAAAAAAAAAGUUGCAUUACUCUUUAAAUUGUAGAUUAUUUAUACAAUCAGUGAAAGGAAUGCUUUCUCUGUUUAUUUAUUUUGCAUAAUAAAUUCAUCAUCUC